UCUGGGCUGUGGUUAAGCGCCAUGCUCGGGGAGGCAUUUCUGCAGCUCCUUCCAUACAGACGUGACAACACAGAAACGACUGCACAUCAGGAUGGUCACAGUCCCGCAGGUCCUGACCCCGGGGCCUGGGCGCGUGUGGACCCUCGGACCCCGGGCUCACCUCUGACCCCUCGCGCAGUGACAGGUGUGAGCAUGGGGAGCUGGUGGGAGGUUGGGAGACAAGAGGCCCGGGAGCAGCCUGGGCCUCGCCUCACGUCAGCGCCCAGCUCUGCCCUCAACAUCCCCAGUGGCCUGUCGGACAACUACGGGGGCCUGGAGCUGUACCGUUCCUGGUGCUGUCCCACUCUCUGCAGAGAUUACCCAGACCUGCAGCUGGCCGGGGACCAGCUGGGGGACCGCAGCUCUCAGAGUCCGCGCUGGGAGAGCCCCCGGGCCGACGGGCCGCUUCUCCAGUCCGAGGACCUGGGCUUCAUGGAGACCCUGUCCGAGCCACACCAACAGAAUGACCCCCCCGCCCAGCAGGAUAAGGGCUACAUGGAGAUGGAGAACAGCAUGGGGGGCUGGGAGCGGCUGUCCAGCUCCAUGCUGAACGGUUACCUGGAGACGAAGCUGCUGGAGGUGUACUGUCAACACAUGCAGGACAGCCUGGCGCGCUGUAGCUCCUCUCUGGGCGCGGCCGUCAUGCCAACGCUCGUGCCUGCCAGGCUGGAGGUGCCCGACGGGCAGGCAGACACUCAGGAGGAGUGUUUGGACUCUACCUCCACCCAAAACAGCGUACGCUACCUGAGCACAUGUUCAGCCCCCGUGACCUCGCACUUCAGCUCACCUGAACUCCGCAUCUCGCAGCCCAGCGCCUCCGGUCAAAAACUACAACUUCCAGCAGCCCAAGGCCAAACUCUCAACUCUCAACACACAAAAGCCUGCAUCGCUCCUGCAAACCUGAAGGCCUCUGGUCAACCCUCAUGA